CCCCGCUCCUUCUCCUGCCUGGCUGCGAGCGCGGCGCGAAGGGCGCGCGCAGAGGAGGAGCGGCGUUGUGCAAGUGGAGGUCACCCGAGUGGAGCGGGGUGGGGGGAAGGAGCAUGGCAGCAGCCUUAAUACUCCGCGGAUCCGCCAGCUUUCUCUGCAAGCCUAGGACGGUGCACACUGCCAGCCUCGCACUGGUGUGUUCUAGGGCAAUGGCCUCCAAAACCCCUGUUGGAUUCAUUGGGCUGGGUAACAUGGGAAAUCCAAUGGCAAAAAACCUGGUAAAACAAGGAUAUCCUGUUAUUGCAUAUGAUGUAUUCCCAGAAGCUUGCAAAGAAUUUCAAGACUCGGGUGCACAGGUAACGGAUUCUCCAGCAGAUGUAGCAGAAAGAGCAGACAGGAUUAUUACUAUGCUACCUUCCAGCCCCAAUGCAGUAGAAGUUUACAUGGGAGCAAAUGGAAUUCUAAAGAAAGUGAAGAAAGGUUCCUUGUUAAUAGAUUCCAGUACUAUUGAUCCCGCAGUUUCAAAGGAACUGGCUAAAGCAGUUGAAAAAAUGGGAGCUGUUUUCAUGGAUGCCCCUGUUUCUGGAGGAGUUGGAGCCGCUCGAGCUGGAAACCUUACUUUCAUGGUUGGUGGAGUGGAACAAGAGUUUGAUGCUGCCAAAGAGUUGCUGACAUGCAUGGGUUCCAAUGUGGUAUAUUGUGGAGAGGUUGGAACUGGACAGGCAGCCAAGAUCUGCAACAACAUGCUCUUAGCUAUCAGUAUGAUUGGAACUGCUGAAGCUAUGAAUCUUGGAAUCAGGUUAGGGCUUGACCCAAAACUGCUGGCCAAAAUCCUAAAUAUGAGCUCAGGUCGUUGCUGGUCAAGUGACACUUACAAUCCUGUUCCAGGAGUAAUGGAAGGAGUACCUUCUGCUAAUAACUACCAAGGUGGCUUUGGAACAACACUCAUGGCUAAGGAUCUUGGCCUGGCACAGAUUUCUGCUACCAACACUAAGACACCAGUCCCCCUGGGAUCUCUAGCACAUCAGAUCUACAGGAUGAUGUGUGCAAAGGGCUAUGCCCUGAAAGACUUCUCAGCCGUGUUCCAGUUUUUACGUGAGGAGGAGAAUUUGUGAGCUGUUUUUAAACAACAGACACUAUUACAAACCAAAUGCUUUUUUGGGAACCUUCUUGUAGCUCAUUUGAGAAAUAUUUGGGUUUAGUCAGUGGUCACAAGUCAUGAUCCCGAUCCCAUGCAGAUCUCUCUGCUUUUGGUUGUCCAGGUCACAGCAAACUCCAGGAUUUUGCAUCAUUUGAUUGGUGGAAAAAGGGGUUGUUUGUUUUGGCUACACAGUAACAGUUUUUUAAGAAGCAUGGUAAGAUUUUCACAAGUACCUAAUUCUUUGCAUAUAAAACACCUGACAUUAUGGCUAUUAAUUGUACAAAGUAGUUAAACUGACUCUUAUAUAGUAAAAGGAAUGACAUUUGGUGGCCAGUGUUGCUGAUAAACUGGCUUUCAUUAGUUCUUAAUAAAAAUGAAGUUCUUUGUGGAAAAAGGGAAAACCCUAAUAAGGAAGAAAUGCAUCUGAGAUGGAUUUCCCUCCCACUUUUUCUUAAAUAUACUAGCUUUUAGUCUUAAAAGUGGGUUGAGUUCUCCUUUGUAUUAGUGUUCCUGAUUUUAACUUCUCGGUGAGUGUAAGUGGAAGGCUGUUACAAAAUGUUUAACUGAUAGACUUAGUUCAAAUAACAUGGUAUGUAUGCCUCUCUUGUAAAGCUCCAUUAUUAUAUUUUGCUAACCCAAUUUUAUAUUUUCUUAUACCCUAUUGCACAUUUUCAAAAUUGAUAAAUAGCACCUACUAAAAAUUCUAACAUGUACAUUUGCUUUAAGUAAUUACUGCAAUAUUAUAAAUCUAAAUAAAUCCCAUUAUUUUGAAGUCAAAUAAAAAUCUGUGCUGCUAAAUGCCUGCUAUAAAGUUGCU